CUCCUUCAAUUCGGGAAUAAUUCAAGCAACCUCCUCACCAAUUUUUGACCCACCAAACUGGUCCAACUGGUCCAACUGGUCCCACUGGUCCCAGUAAGCCAAAAUGGACGACCACGCGCGCGUCUGCAUCGGCACGGCCUUUGUCGCGGGCGUCCUGCUCACCCUGGGCUUCAAGGAUCUGGUCUACCCCGAGCUGGAACGCCGCGUGCGGGAGUAUCAGCUGUCGCAGUCGGACUCACAGUCGGACUCACAGUCCUCGUCGCCAGCAUGGUCAGACUCCCCGGACGAUGCAUUAAGUGCUAGACCUGGUCCGCCGGCCAUCGCGGAGGGUAUCGAGGGGUGUAUCGGGAACACGCCGUUGUUCAGGAUCAAGUCGCUGUCGGAUGCGACGGGGUGUGAGAUUCUGGGGAAGGCGGAGUUUCUAAACGGAGCCGGACAGAGCUCCAAGGAUCGCGUGGCGCUGAGUAUGAUUCAAAUAGCCGAAGAGCAUGGCAUCCUGAGCCCGCACUCGGGCGACACGAUCUACGAGGGCACGUCCGGGUCAACGGGGAUCUCGUUGGCGUCCCUGGCCCGCGCCAAAGGCUAUCUCGCGCAUAUCUGUAUGCCAUCCGACCAAGCGAUCGAAAAGUCCAACCUGCUCCUGAAACUGGGCGCCAUCGUGGACCGCGUCCCCCCCGCCCCCAUCGUCGAGAAAGACAACUUCGUCAACCGCGCGCGGGCUCUGGCGCAGGCCCAGACCGCGUCCGCCGCCCAGGGCACGGGCUUCUUCGCCGACCAGUUCGAGAACGAGGCCAACUGGCGCGCCCACUUCAGCGGCACGGGGCCUGAGAUCUAUGCGCAGUGCGACGGCCGGCUGGACGCGUUCGUUGCGGGCGCGGGGACGGGCGGCACGAUCUCCGGCGUGGCCCUCUUCCUGAAACCCAAGAUCCCCAACUUGCAUGUCGUGCUGGCGGACCCGCAGGGCAGCGGGCUGUACAACCGGGUCCGCUUUGGCGUCAUGUUUGAUUACAAGGAGCGGGAGGGCACGCGGAGACGGAGACAGGUCGAUACCAUCGUCGAGGGCAUCGGGAUCAACCGGGUGACCGCGAAUUUCGAGGCGGGCAAAGAGCUAGUCGACGACGCUGUCAGGGUGACCGACGCCCAGGCGCUGGCCAUGGCGCGGUGGCUGGUCGAGAAGGACGGCCUCUUUGUCGGCAGUAGCAGCGCCGUGAACUGUUUUGCCGCUGUCAAGACCGCCAUGAAGCUCGGUCCUGGCCACCGGAUCGUGACGGUGCUGUCGGACUCUGGGUCCAGGCAUCUGUCCCGGUUCUGGGCCAAGGCCGGAGAUGUUGGUGGCGCCGUAGAUACGCAGCUCGAGGACGUCCUCAAUGCACAAGAUGACCAAUAGGAACCGUACCGCGGGGGUUGGGCCAUGAAGCCGUCGGGGAUAAGGAGGCAGAGGUGAAAGAACCAGCUCGGGCCCGGGCGACCCCUGCCUGGUCCUUGCUCGCGCCCCUGGGCUGGCCUGUCACCGGGCUGGCCGCCAUGGCUGAAGCUGAUGCUAGUGUCCGGUCCGGCUAG